AUGGGCAAGUCAAUGACCGGAGAAGAUGAGAAGAAGAAGCAGAGUUUUACUGGUGAAGAGAAGAAGGCAGCUUGCAACACAUGGACCGCCGGCGCCGGGAGGGUGCAUCCAUGUGCAUCAUCAAUGGCGGCUGCGGCCCAAAGGGUGGUCACCGGUGAAGCUGGCGGCCAAGGAACAUCCUUUCAUACAUAG